AUGUUCGACUACAUCCCCGCAGCCCGGAGGCAGAACCUCCAUCUGUACAAGUACAGCGGCACGGACAAGUCGCUCGUCUCAAAGUACGUCCUCGGCCCCUGGUGGAACUGGCUGGUCACCCUCUUCCCGCUCUCGGUGGCCCCCAACACCAUCACCCUCUCUGGACUGGCCCUUGUCGCCAUCAACUUUGGCACCCUCGCCUACAUCGACCCGGCGCUUCAGUGCGCGACCCAGCUCAAGCUAGACUCGACCGCCCACACCCUCGCCCUCCGCGAGGCCUACCCGCACGACGCGCUGCCCGUCCGCAACCUCUUCAGCAACUUUGCCAUCCCGCAGCCUGUGCAGAAGGUCGACUUCGCUCCCAGCUCCCACUCGGCCACCUGCCUGCCCCCCUGGAUCUUCUACACGUGGGCCAUCUGCCUGUUCGCCUACCAGAGCCUGGACAGCAUUGAUGGAAAGCAGGCCAGGAGGACUGGAAUGGCCGGCCCCCUCGGCGAACUUUUUGACCAUGGCUGCGAUGCGAUCAACACCACGCUCGAGUGUGUCCUCUGCGCGGCCGCCCUCAACCUCGGCAGGUCGUGGUGGGCCCCUGCAUCCCUCGUCGCAACGCUGGCCAACUUCUACCUGACCACCUGGGAGGAGUAUCACACGGGCACCCUCUACCUCUCGGCCUUUUCCGGUCCGGUCGAGGGCAUCCUCAUGAUCGUCUUCAUCUACGCGCUCACCGGCUUUGCCGGCGGUCCCCUCUUCUGGGACCGCGGCAUCCUCAACGUGACUGGUCUGGCCUCGAUCAAUGCGGUCCGGGAACGCUUUGCAUGGCUCAACCUGCCGCUCAAUGACGCGUUCCUGACCUUUGGAGCCAUCGGACUCGGCCUCAACGUGGUCGCCAGCUAUUCCAACGUAGUUGCAGCUCGGCGCGAGCGCAAGCAGUCGGUUAUUGCGCCUCUCAGCGGCCUCUUUCCUCUGGUGCUGCAGAUCGCCGCCAACCUGGUCUGGAUGGCGGCAAACCGCUCCUUCAUCCUGGCCGACACCCACGCCUUCCUGCCCUUUGUCGGUUUCUGGGGCAUCACUUUCGCCUACAACGUCGGCCUCCUGAUCGUGGCCCACGUCACCAAGGCGCCCUUCCCGUACUGGAACGUGGCCACCGCCUGGAGCAUUGUCGGUGCCCUCGACGCCAUCCUGCCGCACUCGAUCGUCCAGCGCGACCCGGAAUCGACGCGAAUGGUCGUCUACGUCUCGCUGGGCUUUGCCGCGGUGCUCUACCUGCACUUCUGCCACAACGUCAUCACCACCAUCACCACCGAGAUGGGCAUGGCCUGCUUCGUCGUCAAGACCAAGAAGGACGCCGACACGAUGCCCCUGACCAACACGUCGCCGCGCGUCGAAGACAGCACGGGUGCGGGCGGCAGCCGGCUGGGCAUCCCGGGAAGGAAGCGCGGCCACAGCGAUGCCAGGAAGCGUUUCUGA